AUGGACGGUUCUUUAGGAAAAGGAUUGCUUAAUUAGAUUGCAGGAUCUAUGGGAGGAUUAAAUAACGAUCAAUUAAAGCAAGCAGAGAAUAUUUGGAAAAUGUUGGAUGAUUUAAGCGAAAGUAAUCCUGAGGGAUAUAAAAACUUUGUUAAAAAUAAUUUACAAAAUGGUUUUGAAGAGAUAAAAAAAGAAAAGGAUGAGAAAAUUAAAGAGUUAAAGGUUAAUGCAGAUCCUGCUUUUUUACUCAAGAUGUAAGCUACUCUCUAAUCGUUUAAGCUUAAAAAAGAAGAACAUCCUCUUUAUGAAUCUUUAAGAGUUGUAGGAUAGGAUUCAAAAAAGAAGCUUGCUGACAUAAAAAAAUCAAUAGAUAAAGAAGUUAAAAUUUAUAUUAAUGUUUUAAUGAGUAACAGAGUUAGAGCUCCCAUUAAUGAUUAAGGAAAAGAAAUAGAAUCUAUCAAAUAAAUGGAGGAAUGGAAAGUAAUUCCUUAUUCAGUUUAAGAACCAGAGCAAAGGAAAAGCGAGUCUUUAGGAAAUAUGGUUUAUUUUUAUAAUUUUGUAAUUAAUGAUGAAGUAUGCAAGAUGAUGAGUGGAGCUCCUCCUUUGACUGAAUAGCUUGUCACUUUUGUCAUUGAAAAAAUGAAUAACUGCUUAAAAGAACAUAGAAAUCCAUUAUUAAAACUAUAUAAUUAUAUGGAAGAUAAUGAAAUCAUUCAUUAUUAAAUAUCUAAAAUGUCUGUAGUUAGACACAAGUCUAAAAAAUUUAAAUUAGCUGAUAAAAAAUAGAGGUAAAUACCUCCAAUUUUGCUAGAGCCAGAAGCUGAUAGAUAAUUUGAUUUAUAAAAGGUCAAGCAAGAAAUAUAAAUGAAAAAAAAUGCUGCUUUGUCAUAAAUGCAGUAGGGAGCUUAAUCCGAAAAUUUACAAUAAUCAUAGGCCAAUUCUAUUUAAAAUGUUGAUGACUUAAAGAAAAGAUAAUUAGAAGAUGAGAAAUCAAAAGAGAUGAUAAAAGAAUAAGUUCUAGACGGAUUAAAAAUAGUAAGUAAAGAAGAUAAAGAAAAAAAAAAUGAAAAAUAAAAACCUAAAAAAGUACUGAUUUAAGAAAUUGAAACUAAAGAAGUACCAAAAACUGCAAAAUAGAUAUUAGAAGAAUAAGUUGAAAAACCUUCUUAUACUCUCAAAGAGCUUACUGAGUCUAUUUAUUUGGAGUUUUUACUGUUUAAAGCUAACUCAAUAGAUGAUAUGAUUCUUGAUAUUUCUGAAAAGAAAAUUAAAUUAGAAGUUCCUUUAGUAUAUAAACUUGAUUUGCCUCUUCCUUGCAAAAUAGAUACAGAACAAGUUUAACCAAAGUGGAGUAAAAAAACUAAAGUUUUAAAACUUACUUUAUUGAAAGUAUAAAACUGA